AUGGUCUGUUUUCUGUGGACUGGGCCAACGGACCAGUGGCAAAAGGUGGUGACUUUGUCGUUGGACGAGGCUAUCAGCCAGCACGAGACAUGUGGGUCCCUCGAGAAUUGCUAUGAGUGCUCCCCUGACAGUCUCAGGCUCGUGAACUAUACCGGCACCUUCCAAACAACAGGCAACGCCUAUCUUGCACUCUGUGGCUGGACGCAGAACCCACUCAUUGAUUACUACAUCAUUGAGUCAAUGGGCAUACACAAUCCUUCCGAAAAUGUCAGCUCGACUCAGUACGGUUGUCUGCAGAGCGAUGGCGGUAUCUACGAGAUCUGGCAGAAGGCUCGCAUCAAUGCAUCCUCGAUUCAGGGCGACAAAACAAACUUCCAGCAGUUCUGGUCAGUCAGGACGACUGCGCACGUCGGUGGUACGAUUGAUACUGGCAAUCACUUCCGUGCCUGGGCCGCUGCUGGGCUGAAGCUGGGAUCUCAGCUCUACAUGGAUAUCGUCGUCGAAGGCCAACUCGGGGCCGGCAAUGCCACAAUCACUGUUGGUACGGCGCCCAAGACGAGUGUACUCAACUACCCGACCUCGACGUACAGGUCACAGCGUAAAGCAGGAACGUGUGCAAAGCCUUCCAGUACUUCGUCGGUCAAGACUUUAAGCACGAUGGUGGUGACAACGACGGCGGCCGCGGUAUCCAGGGUUGCGACGACUGCCGCGGGCACAACGUGA